UGCCACUGGGGAAGGAUCUCUGGUUAGAGAUCCCUCUCUUGUGGAGUUUUCCCUAUGAGCCUAGAUCCUCGGAGGUGGUGAGGGGACUGACAGAGUUGUGCCUGCCUGGAUUCCUAUGCAGCACAAAACACUUGCCAUAUGUUGCAUCGUGAGAAGAGGAGUCUCAGGGAUUCACACACUUGGACUUUACUGAAUCAGGCUGCAUCUGCCAAACAGUCUACUCUGCGUUUUGGCUAGCUGGAGAUCAAUCAGGAUUUUUCUGAUUAAAUCUUCUGGAAAAAAAAAAAAGAAUGCAUGGCAUAGAAAAAAGGUCUAAGUGCCUGUCUGAGACUAUUCUACCGAACCAGGGAUAAAUGUUGCUUCUCAAAGGUACUGCUACGUGAUUUACCAUGGAAAAAUUGCUCUGUGGCAUCCUGGUGUUUGGAAUGGCUGUCAUGGUCAAUGCUUGUCCCAAAUAUUGUGUCUGCCAGAACCUGUCUGAGUCGCUUGGGACUUUGUGUCCUUCGAAGGGUCUACUGUUUGUACCGCUAGACAUAGAUCGAAGGACUGUUGAGCUUCGACUUGGGGGAAACUUUAUUAUUAAUAUCAGCCGACAGGAUUUUGCCAAUAUGUCUGGACUCGUUGACCUCACAUUGUCCAGAAACACCAUCAGUUAUAUACAGCCGUACUCUUUCACUGACUUGGAGAGCCUUCGGUCUUUGCAUCUGGACAGCAACAGGCUGCCUGACAUUGGAGAAGAUAUUUUGAGAGGCUUAAUUAACCUUCAGCACUUGAUUUUAAACAACAACCAGCUAACCAGCAUCUCAGAUGAAGCCUUUGAGGAUUUUUUGCUGACGUUGGAAGACUUAGACCUUUCCUACAAUAACCUCCGAAGCAUUCCCUGGGAAUCUAUAAGGAAGAUGAUAAACUUGCACCAGCUCAGUUUAGAUCAUAACCUGAUAGACUAUAUUACGGAGGGGACGUUUGCAGAUCUUCAGAAAUUAGCCAGAUUGGAUCUAACAUCCAACAGACUUCAGAAGCUUCCCCCUGACCCUAUCUUUGCCAGAUCUCAAGUAAUUCCAUUAGCCGUUACCCCGUUUUCUCCACCUUUGUCUCUCAGCUUUGGGGGUAACCCACUACAUUGCAACUGUGAGCUGUUGUGGUUGAGGAGACUUGACAGGGAUGACGAUAUGGAAACUUGUGCUUCUCCUCCGGGUCUAAAGGGAAGGUACUUCUGGUAUGUACGGGAGGAAGAAUUUGUUUGUGAGCCUCCUCUUAUCACACAACAUACUCACAAGUUGCUGGUUUUAGAAGGGCAAACUGCCACACUGAAAUGCAAAGCCAUUGGGGAUCCCACACCCAUCAUUCACUGGGUGGCCCCUGACGACCGCCUCAUCGGAAACUCUUCAAGGACAUCUGUCUAUGACAAUGGCACCUUAGAUAUUCUCAUCACUACAUCCAAGGAUUAUGGGACUUUCACUUGCAUAGCAGCCAAUGCUGCUGGAGAAUCGACUGCAACAAUAGAGCUCUCAAUUGUUCAGCUCCCUCAUCUCAGCAAUGGCACAGGCCGAGCUGCCCCACCAAAGUCCAGGCUUUCAGACAUCACCAGCUCCAGCAAGUCUAAUCGAGGGGAAACAAAAGGCCCACCAGAAAGGGCAGUCCUGGUGUCAGAAGUGACCACUACCUCAGCUUUGGUGAAGUGGACGGUGAGCAAGUCAGCCCCCCGAGUAAAAAUGUAUCAGUUGCAGUAUAACUGUUCGGAUGAUGAAGUCCUGAUCUACAGGAUGAUUCCUGCUACAAACAAAGCAUUUGUCGUAAACAACCUUGUUUCUGGAACAGGCUAUGACCUCUGUGUUCUGGCAAUGUGGGAUGACACCGCCACUACUCUUACUGCCACCAAUAUUGUAGGGUGCGCCCAAUUCUUCACCAAAGAAGACUACCCUCAGUGCCAGUCGAUGCACAGCCAUUUCCUGGGUGGGACCAUGAUUCUGAUCAUUGGGGGCAUCAUUGUGGCAACUCUGUUGGUGUUCAUUGUAAUACUGAUGGUCCGCUACAAGGUCUGCAACAACUCCCAAGGGAAGAUGUCCAACGUCAGCAACGUCUACUCACAGACAAAUGGAGCACAACCGGUUCAAAAUGGAGUCCUGCCCCAAGUCAACCCCAAAGUGGUGGUGAGAAACGAACUUAUGGAGUUUAACUCUGGGUCUGUGAGAAGCAGCAUCUCCUCUUCUUCCAGCUCUAUGAAUAGCCGUGACUGUGAUAACUAUAGCCUCCAAAGUGAACAGGGCACAUUGUCCAGUAAGUGGAGGCCCCCCUCGAGGUCAAAACACAACAUUGACCGUCUAAUGGGAGCUUUUGCCUCCCUGGAACUGAAAUGUCAGAAAAAGGAGGAGACGACAGACUCCAGAACUUCCACGGCGGCCCGCCAUUCAGACAAAGAACCACUGCUGGGCCAGCCGGAGUCCAAAUUUCGCAGCCUCCUCAUGUUACCUCUGGAGGGCAAAACUAAACGUAGCCAUUCUUUUGACAUGGGGGACUUUGCUACAUCUCAGUGUUGUACCUACCCAAAAAAGAUAACGAACAUUUGGACAAAGAGGAGCCUCUCGGUGAAUGGCAUGCUUUUACAGUACGAUGACAAUGACCUAACAGGGGCAAAAGGGACUUACGGGAGUUCAGAGUGGGUAAUGGAAAGCACAGUGUAAAUAUCAAAGUCUCCCCCCAUCUUCUCUACUCAUGUGUUAUAUAUUGUGGUUUGCUGCAGUAGCAUGCUGCUGCUGCAUUUGGAAAGAGAGGGGAGGAAAUGUUUUCAGUUGUACUGGCAAAACAGAUAGGUAAAUAAAUAAGUAAUUGGGAUGCUGAAAGAGAAAGAAGGUCUUGCAAUGUGAAUAGGCACAUAUGGUACCGUUCCUGUUGGUCCCCAGCUGAAACGUGUGAAUGUUUCAAGAAAUUUACUGUUGUAUUUAUCAUUGCUUUCCAAAAGUUUUUCACAUUCUUGGUGAACUGUCAAACAAGAUUAAACAGAGGAUGAAAAGGGGCUUAAGAGCAUAAAUUUAACUUUAAAGAUUUUCUUUUUUUAUAUAAGAGCAACUCUUUUAUCCACAGAAAUGCACUUCUGUGGAUGUAAGACUGGUGCUAGGAUGCAUCUGGUUAUUAUUGCGAAUGACUUUCUCAGAUGCACAGGCAGGGCAUCUGCAGGGACAGAUUAAAGCAAAUUGUUUAUCUUGUAGCGUUAACUGUGACAUCUGGGAAAAUAACAAUACCUGUUGAGUGGGCUUUUGGUUUGGGAUUUGCUGAUUUUUUGUUUUGUUUUGCCUUGUGAGUGCUUCUGGGCUGUUUUGUUUUGAUGGUUUCUGUUUUUUCUUUCCCAGCAGAAAGUCUGUUUCCAUGUUUUCCAUUUUUUGUUUAGUUUUCAGUCUCCCAGUAAAUCCCCUGGAUGGAAAGGAGGAUCUGUAAAAAGGUCAAAUUUCUGAAGUUCUGUAUAACCCACCUCUGAUACUACCACUUCAUGUCCUAGAAAAAUUAAAAUCCAGGGCCUGAUAAGUUUUUAAAAAGUCCUCCUCUUCUAUCUUCUUCAUAUUCUCUGCUUGUCAGGGCUUAAGGCAGAUUGUAGCAACUAUUGGUAUCUCUGGGGGUUUUGCUAACAAAGAUGCAAAAAGUUGUUAUCAAGACUUCAUAGUAAAGGAAAAAGAAAGGGAAAACCAAAGUGUCUCCCAUAAACAGUCUACAUUAUGAAUGCCAGUUGCUUCUGGCAAAGGUCACAUUGUCACUCUCUACUCAGCUGACAAAGAGAACACAGUUUUCCACCCUAAUGUGACAAAAGCUCCUUCUACAGUCUCCAUGACACAGCUUGACUGUACCACUAGCAUCACAUGAAAUGUAAGUUUUUAUGUGUUUCAGGGGAUUGGAUAUGUUCCCAAUUAGCCACAUAAAAAGAGUUAAAUUUGAGUGUCAGGACAAGGAGUCUCCCAUGUGUCCCCUGCACACAAACAGCCUUUCCUAUGUACCCAAGCACCCCUGUCCCUCACCCUAACCUAUUUGUUAACUAAGAACAUAAGCUUUUCAGUGCUUGUAAACUGAUUCUCAGAUUCCUUGUUGGGGAGCAUUUCUGUGGUUUUGGAAAUGCCCAUGGUCCAUUGCCGUCGGUGACUUUAUUGUCCUCGGUGACUAGACUGUGAUUUCCAGCAUUCUGGUGGCUACUGCAACUGUCUUUGUUUAUUAAUUUGUUGGCUGCCAAUGAUCAGCUGCUGGGAACCAUUCUGAAAUUGCACAUAGUUCCUAUGAUUUUGUAAAAGAUGUGGGGAAAGGGUCAGGGCACAGAGCAAAUAACACAUGAAAAAAACUCUAUGUAUAUUUUUUUUAAAGGUGCAGAGAUAUAUUGUGACAUGGCUGUGUACUUGAUCUUGUAUUUGUCAUGUUUCCUACUUGGAGUUUUAGAAAUGACAUCCCUGUGAU